AAAGUUCUGGGCAAAGUCUGACUCAGCUCCAGCAGCGACCAGACACUCACAGCAGCUCCCUGCACAGUGACAGGUCUCCUCUCUCUCUCUCUCUCUCUCUCUCUCUCUCUCUCUCUCUCUCUGUCUCCCUCUCUUUUUUCUUUUUUUUUUACUGCUCUCUCACUCAUUCAGUGUCUCUCUUUCACACACACACACAGACACACACACAAACACACACUCAGACAAACUCACACACACUCACACACACACACACAGACCAGCCACACUCCUGGCAGAGGGGAAGACAGAACCACAGGAGAACUGUUACACACCUUUACAACCAGCUACUCACCCAGACAUCGCCAGACGCUUUGCCCAGGAUGUGGACGCUUCUCUUGGGGGUCACCUUUGGAUUACUGGCCUCCUCCAGGUCGGAGCUACUUCAAGUGAAUUCUCGCAGCUGCAGCUAUGCCGGGGUUUUUCUUGUUGAGGGAGCCGCCCGUCACUCCCUGAACUUUGCGGCGGCUCAAAAGGUGUGUGAGCAGCUGAACAGCACCUUGGCAAGUCCAGACCAACUCCAGGAGGCCUAUGAUAAAAGCAUGGAAACAUGCAGGUACGGCUGGACCAGCAACGUGAGCACUGUCAUCCUCAGACUUAGUCACCAUGAAAACUGUGCAAAGAACAUGACGGGGUUCAUGACGAAUUCCCGUGUGGCUGCUGAUGACCUCUAUGAUGCCUACUGCUUCGAUGAAACAGAUGGGUCUGACAAGAACUGUAAGAAUGCCUUUCACAUCAACCCCUUAUCCUCAGAUGAACCAGCUGAAUCCUCAGAGAAUCAGGUUCCAACACCAGCAGAAGGCCACGAAGAGACCACUCCAGCAGGGGAGGAUUCUCCGAUAGCAACUGCAGUAGCAGAAGAGCCAGAGGCCUCCACAGAGGGUCCUGCCGUGACAGACAGUCCCUCUGGAGAGAGUGAGAAUGGCACCGUGGGAUCCAUUUUCAAUCCUGUAGACUUCGACCAGCCAACUGGUUCUGGGAUGCAGCCACCUUUCUCUGAGGAAGGAGCCGUCUCGUCAACGACCCCCGUUGAAGAGCCAGUGGAAGCACAUCCUACCCAAGACCCAUCAGAUCUUGAAGAUGAUGAGGCUCCACCACCAAGACACCCUGAUGGCAGGGGACGAGUCUCUGAUGUUCCUACUUCGGAUUCACAAGAGAAAGGCGGUUCAAACUGGCUGGUGAUCAUUUUAGUGAUUGUGGCGAUUGCGGCUAUUCUCCUCGUGUGUGCACUCGUAGCGAAAAAAAACAGCUGGUGCGGCAAAAAGCAGACCCUGAUGAUCACGCCCAAAGAUGGCGGCGAGGGGAACGGGGCGGCGGCGUCGGCAUCCAGCUCGCACGCCCACGAGAGAGAGCAGGAGAUGGUGACCCUCAUGAACAAGGAGAAGAUCCAGGAGAACGGCAACACAGAGGAGUUCACCGUCAUCACGCUAGAGGAGUCGCCAGACAAAGAGCAGCAGGCGUGAGAGAGGAGGGGGAGUGUGGAGGCAGACAGGGGGGAGAGUGUAGGUGAGGGAAGGAGGAGACUGGAUGGGUGGAGGGUGUCGGGCUUCAAGCACUGGGGUGUUAUUAAAAACAAACAGUUCAGUGGCCAGCACUGAAUGGACACUGAGUAAGGAUGUAUGCGUGUGUUAUUUAGAAAGAUUGAGGUUAAAAGUCUUGUACCGGGUGUGGAGCUGUUGCCUCUCAGUCUUCUAAACCGACAUGUAGAGCAUUUUGUUUGUGCAGCACGAUGCCAGCGGUAGUCAGCGAGUGGAUGCGUGGGAGGGCAUCGUGCAUUGACACAUAGCAGGACGUACGUACCAAUGUGUUUUUGUGUCAAUUUCUCUGUCGAUGAUGGGUCUGGAUCGACGCAGGCUUUAAAGGGAGGGGUGUGAGGGUCCGAUUUAUGAAGACAAAUUGGUCCCUUUUUUUUAUAAAGAAUUGGUGGAUUUUAAAAUUUUAAAAGCUAAAUGGGAAAUGAUAAAUCAUCGGUGAUGAACGGGGCUAUUUUUAUUUGAGAUACUACAGAUUUAAAAAAGACAAAAAAACGAUCAUUUUAAAACAACCCUUGAUGUUUUCAAUGUGUUUUGUUUCUUUGUUUUGUUCCGCCUAUUGUUGUAACCUUGUGUAUAUUUCAGACGUUGCCUGUGGACUGGAGUUUGGUUUUUUCCAUUUUUCAAGAAAACUGGGGAUGUCACUACCUUAAUUUAUGCAGCUUCGAGUCCCUUUUUUCUUGGUCUCUGUAUAUAAAGUAUAUGUUUUUUUUGGAAAAAUGCCUUAGCAAUAGCUGCCAGUGCUUUUUUUUUUGUUGUUGUUGUUGUUGUUUGGUAGAAGGGGGCUUUGUGCUGCCUUUAAUUAAAGGAAUGUGUAAUUUUUUUUGAGAGUUAUUUAAUUAGAAAACAGCACCUCAGAGGUGAACAAAUGGUGAAUGGAUUUUUGCAAUAGUCAAAGUGGAGUGGAUAUUGUGUGAAUCAAGUUGAUGUAUAGCAUCCGAAAACCGCGCGAUCGUUGCUCCGUUAAAGUCCGUUGACACAUUUAUAUGAAGAUGAUGAUGAUGAUGAUGAAAAGUCCCUGAUGUUAUCCUGAGGAUAAGUAAGAAGAUGAAGAUGACGUAUACAUGCUAUAUACACAGUGUGUACAUUGAUUAAAGAAAAAAUGAAGCGUAAAAAAUUGGAUUUAGGAGAUUAACCGUUUUUCUGUUGUUUUUUUUUUAAAUGCAACAUUUCAGCUCACUCAAGACAAGUUUGAGUGACAGGGCUUAGCUUUAGGAGCUACAUGGCACAUGUAAUGAGGGGCCCAUGUGCUCUAAACAUACAGCGAUGUAACGGUUUCGACUGAAGAAAGAGGCUGUGACAACAUCGGGGGAGGGGUGCCAUGAAUGAAGCUUGUGUGCUCGCCUCCGCCACGAUGAGUUUCAGCCACUCUGUACAUUCACACAUGCAAACGCAAACGCAGUGUGCAGUUUGUUUGUUUUUCUACUGACCCUCUUCUUGGUGAAAUAUAUCAUACUUUGUGCCAUAUCAAUAUUAUUCCCUGUGUGACAGCUAAUUUUCUCCUGUUUUUUUUUUCAGUACACAGCGCUGAAUUGUAAAACAGUGAUCGCAAACUGAUUUUUUUUUUGUUUGUUUGUUUGUUUCUGACUUUGUUCCGUUCUCCUGCUUUUUUUUUUUUUUUUUUGGCUCUUUGUUGGACUCAUUUUCUGAGAAGAAGUAGCAAAUGUACUAGUGUAGGCAGGUUCUAUGACAAAAUUAACAAAACGCGACACUGAAAAAAAACAUUUGUAAAAGUCAUGAACGAAAAAUAAAUCUGUAUAGAAAGUGA